AGCUUCCUGGUUGUAAACUGCUUGAGAGUGCUGAGAGACAGUCAACUUCAAAAGCAGCCAGGAGAAACUUUCUUGCUAACUUUGGGAAGGAAUUAAAAAAUGCUGAAAGGUGCAGAUGAUGUUGUCAUGGAGCAGGAGGACUCUGCUUCCCGACAUGGAGAAAUGACAAGUUGGGAUAUCAAUGACAUCAAACUUCCCCAGGACGUAAGACAGAUAGACUGGUUUCAAGAAUGGCCAGAUUCCUACGUAAAACAUAUCUAUAGCUCAGAGGAUAAAAAUGCUCAGAGGCACCACAGCAGCUGGGCAAUGAGAAACACCAACAACCACAACUCUCGCAUCUUAAAAAAGUCCUGCCUCGGGGUGGUGGUCUGCAGCAACGACUGCUCGACCUUGGAUGGGAGGAAGAUCUACCUAAGACCAGCCAUAUGUGAUAAAGCUAGGCAAAAACAACAGCGGAAAUGCUGUCCAAACUGCAAUGGACCCCUGCGGCUCCUUUCCUGCCGAGGCCAUGGUGGUUACCCAGUUACCAACUUCUGGAGGCAUGAAGGCCAAUUCAUUUUUUUUCAGUCCAAAGGAGCUCAUGACCAUCCACGACCAGAGACAAAACUAGAAGCAGAGGCAAGAAGAUCAAUCCAAAAAGCACAGACAGCUUUUUCUCCAUCCUCUCCAAGAUUAAAAAGAAUCCAGGAGAUUGAGUCUCUGACAGGUGCAAUGCCGACGCGGGAGGCUUUGCCUUUGCUUCGUUCCAAGCCAGACGUUUACAUGCUACCUGCUAAUUUCAGGGGACAUUUAAGCAAAAGCUCCCGGGAGCCGAUGGCAGCUGGGGAGGACGGGGGCUCCGGAGAGGUGCCGACCUGGAGCAGGAGCCCGGCCCUCGGGAGGACCCCCAGCACCGGGAGGCCUUGCAGUGGCCCUGCCGUCCCCGCGGCCGACCCCCCUUGCGCAGACCCUUCCCCCCAGCACUGCACCCACCCUGGCACCCAGCAUAUCCCGCCUGUGACAGAGGGUGGCCAUGAUCCCUUCAGGCCUAACACUGGCCCUUUGGGGGAUGCAUCCUGUGAGGAGAAAUCCCCACAGUGUGGCUGUGAGCUCCAGCACCCACAGCGCCGGCUCCCAGCCCCAGCUGCAGGAGGGAAGAGAGCGCUGCUCUGCGGCACGCAGCAGCCGGGCUACGGUGGCUUCAGCCGCUUGGCCAAGAUCAUGUCUAUGUGGAAUGUGGGUGGUUUGGGCAUAGCUACAGUUAGGAUUGCCUGGCCAGGUAUCUCCAUCAUUAACCCCAAAUGCCUCAUGACGAAGGCAUACAGCCAGUGCCUGGCUCAGCCAGCGUCCUCCCGAGAAGAGACUCUUGCACAGCAAAAGAGCAAGCCCCACCGUUUGGGCUGUGCCUACAACUGCGCGGCUGCUCCGUCCCCAAGGCAAGUAGCAUAG